UAUGCGUUCAAAUUAUGCAACAAAUACCGAGAAUGGUUCUGCAACUAAGCCAUAACAAUAUUUUGAGGGUAAUAGAAAAGGAGAAGUGAAUGAAUUGAAAAUGUAUCUAAAUAUUCAUUGAAUAUAGAUUGGUUAAGAAUACUAUUAAUGAAAAGGAUGAUAAAAAGAAAAGAGAAGUAGUUAAGAAGGUGAUUGCUUAUAUGACAUUGGGUAGUAUUAGAUACUAAAUUAGGAAUCGAUGUAUCUAAAUUAUUCCCAGAAAUGUGUAUGGCUUCUUAUACUAAUGAUUUGGUAUAAAAAAAGAUGAUAUAUUUAUAUUUGACAACUUAUGCAGAAUAGAACAAGGAUAUGGCAUUCAUGGCCAUAAGUACAUUUUAAAAGGAUUGCAAACACAAUGAUCCUAAAAUUCGUGGAUUUGCUUUAAGAAAUUUAUGCUCUCUUAGAUUUAGUGGUGCUAUAGAAUUUCUAAUGCCUGCAAUAAAAGAGGCAUUAUCAGAUAUUGAUGCAUAUGUUAGAAAAACAGCAAUAAUGGGAUGUGUUAAAGUAUUUUAUAUGCAACCAGAGUAAUUAAAUAAUAUUGAAGACUAAUUAUAUAAAAUGAUAAGUGAUAAUGAUCCUUUAGUAAUUAUAAAUGCUAUUCAUGCAUUAAAUGAAAUUUUAGCAUAAGAAGGUGGUAUGGCAUUAUCAAAAAAGAUGGUUGAUUAUUUAUUAGGAAGAUUGAAAGAAUUUAAUGAAUGGGGAUAGGCAACCAUUUUGGAUGAGCUUUCUAAAUAUUCCCCUAAAGAUGAUAAGGAAAUGUUUAAUAUUAUGAAUUUAUUAGAAGAGAGAUUGAAACAUUCAUGUUCUGCAAUAGUUUUAGGAGUUAUCAAAGUUUUUAUGAAUUUUACUAAAAAUAAACCUUAAAUAUAUGAAUAAGUUAUUACUAGAGUCAAAUUACCAUUAGUAACAUUAGCAUCAAUUAGUGAAGGUAAUUUUGAAAUAAUGUAUACUAUUUUGUGUCAUAUCAAAUAUAUUGCAUCUAAAGGAUAUAAUUCUGUAUUUGCAUCUGAUUACAAAUCCUUUUAUUGUAGAGUAGAUGAACCAACAUAUAUCAAAUUACUUAAGCUUGAAAUUCUAUCAUUAAUUGCAUGUGACUUUAAUUUAGGAGAUAUGCUUAAUGAAUUAGGAGAAUAUGUUACAGAUGUUGAUCAAGAGAUAUCUAAAAAAUCAAUCUAAGCUUUAGGAGCUAUUGCAAUAAGAUUGCCUGACUUAGCUACUGCAAUUGUUAAAUAAUUAUCAUCAUUUGUUACUCUAUAAGAUUAUAUCACAAAUGAAGUCAUUCUUGUGUUUAAAGAUAUUUUGAGAAAAGAACCUAAACAUAUUAAAGAUUGUUUAGAAAUUAUUCAAUCAGAUAAUAUAACAGAUUCAAAUUCUAAAAUUGCAUUAAUUUAUAUACUUGGUCAAUUUGGAAGUCAAAUCCCUUUGGCUCCAUAUAUUCUAGAAACAUAUAUAGGAGCAUAGGAAUCAGUUGAAUUAAAACAUACACUCCUUACAUCUUGUUUGAAAGUGUUUUUUGUUAGAGCCCCAGAAAUGCAUUAAGUGUUGGGUAAAUUAUUUUAUGUAAUUAUUAAUAAUGAGAAUGAAGAUAUUGAUUUAAAAGAUAGAGCUGCAUAUUAUUAUAGAGCAUUAAAUUCUAAUGCUAAUGAAGUUAAAUAGCUUUGGCAAUAUAGUAUAAAAGUUGAUAAAUUCCUUGAAGAAACUAUUAUAAAUAAAGAAGCUCUAUUAUUUGAAUUCAAUUCAUUAUCUGUUAUUUAUGAAAAGAAUGUUAACAAAUUUAUUAAACCUAUUGAAUACUUUAAUAAUCUUAGAAAUAAAGAGUUGUAAGAUCUUAACUAAGAAUAAUAAUAAACUUAAACAAGUACAACUUAAGAAUAAACAUCUGAUGUUAUAGAAAAUCCAUAACCAUAAUCUUAUGGUUAAACUAAUGAUCUUCUUGAAAUUUCUGAUUAACCUCAAUAAUAAAUGUAUUUGAGUGUAGAUAGUUUCAUAGUCAAUUUUGCAAUAGAUGCUGAUCAUUUUGAAAAUAUGUGGACUAAUUUAAAUGAUGGGUAAUUAAUUUAUCAUUAAUAUUAGUGCUACCUUUACUAGAAUGUUAAUUAGAAAUGAUAUUGCUAAUGAAACUUCAAUUGAAUAAUUAUUUAAAUAAUAUAGGCUGUAUAAUAUUGCAGCAGGAGAAGAAGAGAAUGUCUUGAAAAUGUAUUUCUAUGGAUCACACUAAUGCUAAGUCUUUUUUGAAUUUGAGAUUAACAAGAAUCUUAGUACAGUUAUAUUAAAUACAAGAUCUGAAAUUGAAGAUCAAGCAUAUUUAGCUUCUAAAUAUGUUGAAGAUUUUCUUAAAUAAGUUCAUUUAAUUGAAUGA